GUUCAAUAUUACUAUUGUUUGUUUGUUUGUUUAACAUUUAGCAUGCAGACAGGAGAGAGAAGCUGAACUCACUUGAUUUAACCUAAUAUCCCAUUUGUACCAUUGAAAAUCUCUAUAUGGAGCUUCCAGCUGCUGAUCAUGACCUUAGUGAUUUGCUCAAGCUUGAGAAUUCAGAGGCUCAUUCAGCAAGAAAUGCAACUGAUGAUGAACAAGAAGACUUACCAUAUGAUGGGAUCCUUGAACGUUAUUUAAUUCCAACUGCUGACCAACAUGAUUUUAGCAUUUCUGAUUUAAACCAGUGUUCCAUUUUUACAGCUGACAGUUUCUGUAUAGAGAUCUCAUCAGCAGGUAAUGAUAUUAAUAACUCCGCUAAGCUUAAGAUCUCCAGGGUUAAUUCAACAAGUGACACAACUGAUGAUGAACAAGAAGAUCUACCUUAUGAUGGAAUCCUUGAAUGCUAUUUAGUUACAAAUACUGACCACGAUGAAGACAAUAAUUCUGGUGGGGACCUAUCUUGCCACCAAGCUUUCACUGAUCUAAUAGAGACAGAAGUUAAGAGCAGUGUAAAGGAUUGUGAAAUCCAUACAUUUCAAGCACCUUUGCAUACCCCAGAAAGUGAUGUAUAUAGUGUUUCUGAAAGAUCAACUAGCUACAGAAAUAGUGAAGAAACGAAACAAAUCGUGACUGAUGAAAGACAGACUAAGUUUCGUACCACAAAAAUCCCAGAAGUCCUUCAACGUCAUUUUAGUGAUGACGCUUUGUUACAUCCAAGCCAGUUUAUUGAUUAUGAAACUAUUCCCGAAAUAUCCAUUGCUGAAAGUAGUGAGGAACUCUUAAGUAUACAAACUUGGAAAAAAUGUAGCCAGCAUGAUUCGGAAACGGAACAAGAAGAUGAUUUUGAAACGUUUAUGGUAGAAACCAAUAUUAAUGUGAACCAAUGCUCAAAUGUAACUACAGAAAGUGGUUCUGAGAACGAUGCCCUAUCUGAUGAAAAUGGCAGAGAGACGAUUUCCAAACUUGAAGAACAAAGUAGAAAGCAGGAUGAUCCUUUUAUCGAUGGAACUUAUAAAGAGAAUCAAUGUCAUCGAGAUAACGUGGAACGGCGAUCUUCAUCUCAUGAUAUCAAGUAUGGCCAAGGGCAAGUUCAUUACAAACUCCCUGAUUUUUCAAAGAUCCCACCAAAGGUAAAGAUACCCAAGGGAAAUGGUCAUGUAAAAGCUUUUCCUGCAAUGAAACGAACCAGAUCCUCUCCCAAUUUGACAGGACCAUCGAAUGUUAUCAAAGAUAUCUUGGAGUCCAUGCAACCUUUUGUUGAACAUGACCACCUCAACGAAUCAGGCCAGACCUCUGGACAAGUGCAUGCUCAGGUUUACCAGAUACCAGGUGACGCUAAUGAAAACACAGCUAACAAUGUGUCUCUAUCAAAUGGAGAAGGUUUUACCACAAGGUCUUCUCAGGCUCAAAUUUUCCAGACAGAAAUUCCAUGUCAAGGAGCUACUUUUCAAGGCGCUAAUUUAUUUUGUCCGAAAGUGACCGAUGUAUCUUUGAAUGCUGUUCACACACAGGGUACAACGGAAGGAGAAAGGAUGUCCGAAAUGUUAGAGGAACAAGCCCAGCAGAUAAAAGUUAAAAUAUUCCAGAACUUGAAAUCCUGCUUGGAAACCCUAGAACGGAAUUACCUGUCCACAAAAGAGAAGCAUCGGAAUUUGCAGCUUCAGGUCUACAGGACAGACUCCCAAAUAGUUGGAGAGUUUGAUACUGAGAGACAGGUGGCCGGGCAGAUUUUCAAACUGGGGAUGUUAUUGGAAGAUCUUCAGGAUCAAAUAAAUGAAAAAGAAAGGAGCCAGUCUCCGUGCAUGCUAUCUCCAGUCAACACACGUGACACAUUUUCAACUCCACGCACAGAGAAGACGGAGGAUGUUUUUGCCCUGCAGGCAGCGCACAGCACAGACAGUCAGUUGGUUGAUGCAAGCGGAAAGGUUGAAACUCUUAGCUUACAGCCUUACUCAAAGUAA